ACCGGCAAACCUGGUCGCAAGUCCCGGAGGAAGGCGGCACAGUUCCGCGCGCCGGGCUGGCCUUAGGGGGCGGGGCUUGUGAGGAGAGGCCACGCCCCCUCCCUUCCCAAUGGGUCAGUUCCUGCCGGCGCGGCGAUGGCAAGCUUGAGCAGCCGGCUGCCGGAGCCAGAGAAGGAGCGAGAAGGAGCCGCCCCUUGACUCCCGCCCAGACUGCGGCCGAGGAUGGGCCCGGAGAGGAGGGCACGCAGGAGAUGAAUUAAGAUGCAGCAUACAACGUGCACAGAGGACAGAAUCCACCAUGCACUGGAGCGGUGCCUCCAUGGCCUCAGCAAAAGUGGGACUAUCUCUGCUAGCACUUGGACAGCUGGACUUUGCCUGAAUUGCUGGAGUCUCCAGGAGCUGGUCAGCCGGGAUGCAGGGAACUAUCUCAUCCUCUUGGAGAAAAUCCUCCAGAAAACCCAAGAGGUUCAAGAGAAAUGCGACUACGAUCUCUUUGCUCCACUGGCCCUUCUAUUUGGUGCAGCUGUCCUGUCUAUUCCCCAUUUUCCUUCAGAUUCUGACCUGCUUCCGAGGGCCUUGAGGAUAUACCGUGAUUUCCUCACCUGGCCUGUGCCAUACUGUGAUAUCUGCCAGGAGCUACUGACUUUCAUCAACAAUGAACUCAAAGCCCCAGGAAUUUCGUAUCAAAGACUGGUGAGGGCAGAGCAGGGACUGCCUGCAAAGACCGGUGAGACUUCCGUCAUAACAGUCCUGUUGUUGAACCCUUCGGAAGUGGAUGGGGAAUUUCUAUCGGUUGCAGAAAAAAUGAGCACCACUGAGCUUUCCCAGCAAACUUUACUGGUGACACUCCUGGAGCAUAUCUACCAAGCAAACUUUGGGACUAAAUGUGACUUGGAAAAACUGCAUCAAAUACUGAAGCUGAAGCCUGUGGAAGAGCUUAUGGAGCUAUUUGCCAGCACUUCUGAAGCCCAGGAAAUGGCAGCUGUGAAUAGCGAUGACCCUUCCACAGCGAGGGAACAACUGGAAUCUGCCUUAUCAGAAAUUGCAAAGGCAGCUGAGCUUCCCAUAAACACAGAUGAAUCCCUGCCGAGUAAGCUGCGCCUGAUCCCCAUCCCUGUUGCUCGCUGUUACACCUACAGAUGGGAUACAGAUAAUUUUGACAUCUUAAAUGAGGUACUAGACAAAGAAGGGUACUAUCCAAAACCUGUCCUCUUAGAAGAUGAGGAGGUGGACAAUUGCUUUUCAGAAAGAGAUUCUUUGUUAUCUGAAGAUGGUCCAUGUAACUCACGGGGGUCUGUUAUCACAAAGGACUCUGCACUCUCCUUGGUCUCUAAAAAGUCCUUGAAGUCUUUUGUAUCCAGCCUGAAGGACUGUGUGGACAGUGGCUACAUGGAGGACAGUGAUGAGAGCUCUCCUGAGCUAGCAGGCCGUUUGGAUCUGAAGGAGGAGAAGAUGUCCGCCAAGCAUCGGCAUCGGCUAAGCAACAAGUUAUACAAGCUGUUCAAGAGCAAGAGUCAAUUGAUCCUGGGCAGGGAGCUGAGGGAUGUCUCUGAGGUGGCCUCACUCUCUCUGCCAUUGCGCCGGGCAGAGAGCCUCUGCAAUCCUGUGUCCAAGGACCGUAUUCCAGCUCGUUCUCGACGGGCACAAUCUCUUCCCCAACAUGUACUGAGUGCCACGCUUUUCCAAAACAUUGUGCCUCAAAAUAUCUGUGUCCAACGCAGGCCAUUUCUGAGCUGUGAUGAGGACACAAAGGUCUCAACUCUGCGUGUGGUUGUGUUUGGUUCUGACCGUAUCUCAGGGAAAGUGGCACGGGCUUACAGCCAUCUUAAAUCUCAAGAAAGCAGCUGUCCCCGGCUGACUCGAUACUUCAAGAUGAAUUUUUACUAUGUUCCUGUGAAGAGGAGCAGCCCUACCUCAUCUGUCCUGACCCACCCUCCUCCUUCUCCAGGAGACCCACAUUCCCGCACCCCUGGAGCCACGGUUCUUAGUUUGGCAGGGAUGGAGAGCAGCACAAAUGAUAUCUCACUGUACAUAGGUAUGCAGGAUCCAUGGUACGAACGAAACGUUCUUGGGCUCAUGAAUCUUCCCAUACAUGUUCUGUGCCAGCAGUCAAUCAAACCUGAAAGUGAACCUUUAGAGGAAACAUCAGAGCAGCUUCCAAUCCUUGCUGACAUGAUCCUUUAUUACUGCCGUUUUGCUACCCACCCGGUGCUACUGCAAGUCUACCAAACACAACUCACCUUCACUGGGGGAGAGACAAGAACUGAGAUCUUCAUCCAUUCCUUAGAGUUGGGCCAUUCCGCAGCCACACGGGCCAUCAAAGCUUCAGGUCCAGGUUGCAAACGCCUGGGUAUAGAUGGAGACAGAGAAGCCAUUCCACUAACACUACAGAUUGCUCACAGCAAGAGGUCAGUCAGUGGAAGGAGUCGGUGGAUUAACACUGAGAAAGUCUGUACAUCUGUUAACCUCAGCAAGGCCUGUAAGAGACAAGAAGAGCUUGGCCCCAAAACAGAAUGCUUGACUCUCACUGCAACAGAGGUCAUCAAGAGACAAAGCUCCAAGUCUAAGAAGAGUUUCAACCAGAUUAGUGUGUCUCAGAUUAAAGUGGACAAGAUCCAGAUCAUUGGGGUCAACUGUUCUUUUGCUGUAUGUCUGGACCAGGAUGAGCGGAAGAUUAUGCAGAGUGUGGUCAGGUGCGAGAUCUCUGCGUGCUACAAACCCAAGAUUAGCAAAUCCUCCAUUGAGGGAAAAGUCAUGUCAUCUUUCCCUCCCCAAGACGCCUCUGAUAUCUGCUCUCUUCUGUGCCUACCCAUUGCCACCUUCAGUGGGGCAUUGCCUUGAAGAAGACCAAGGAGGUGGAACUACUUCCAGCACCUAGGAUGGAUUGGUGUUGCUGCCAGGCUUCCCACAGAUCACGAAAAUCUGGAUAACUGUGAAAGGGGCAUGCCCCCUUCCCACCAGUUGAGUGACAAGGAUUUGGCAAGAUUAUGGCAAGUCUGCACUUUCAGAUCUGGAAACAAGACUUGACACUCUGGCAAUGGGAGGAUGUUCCUUAUGGUGGAAGAAAUAAUGCCCAGUGCCCCUAGCGGUGGCUUGUUUUUCAUUGAACAUUAUGGGGGAGGAAGGAGGUAGGGGAAAAGAGGGGGAUAGAGAACAUCUGAAAUGUGGGAAAAGGCUAACUGGCCAGUUUGUGUUAAAAUGCUGAUAGACUUCAUUAGGGGAGGGAUAAACCAGCAUUCUCCUCUUUAGAGGAGAGUGUCCUUACAAACUAUGUGAAGCUGUAUGAGCUCUUUAAAAAUAGAGCUGAAUUCAGUUCAUGUAGUUAUGGUUUACUGCUAUUCACAACUGCAGCAUUUUUGCAACCCAGUUUUAUUUUUAUUUUUAUAAAACAACAUAAAACCCAGUUGUGUAUUUAUAUAGCAAAUAGUUUGGAAAGAGAUCCUGGUGCUCAGUUUGUCCCAUCUUCUUUACUGAUUCUGAUAUGUACCAACUGAAAUGAAGGGGCAGGCUGAAGUAAGGAAAGACAAGGAGCAAAGCCUUUUUGAGUGUAAUGGUAAUUAAUUGGCAGUUAAUAUUAGAGAAGCCAGAAGGCUUCUGUGUCUUAAAAGGAAAAACAAUGGGAAAACACUAUGACCUGCCUUAUGACCAGCCUGUCUGGUUGGUGCUUCUGUUGCAUGGCAUUUAAAAAAUGUGCAGUGAUGCCAGGUUGCCAAGCCAAAUGAAUGUCUGAAAAACAUAAUGCCCUUCUGCUUUGGUGAGAAUUGGACCAAGGCAAUCUAGGUCCUUUGCUCUGUGCAUGAAAACCAACGACCUGAACCUUUUUCUCCUCAAGAGGAAGAAAUAUAUUUCUUUGAUUGUAAGAUGCACAAUGAUUUCAGCACCAC